AUGGAACUCGCAAAGUUCACUCUGCUGCCUCCAUCGCCAGCAGAGUCAUCGUCGGAGAACACUCUGACGGACAAGACUCCUCGGACUCGAACCCGAGGACGCGCCAUACCCCGAAAAGGUCACACGAAAUCGAGGAAGGGGUGCCUCAACUGCAAGCGACGGAGGGUGAAAUGCCCAGAGACGUUUCCAGAAUGCGACAACUGUAAACGACUUGGUAUAACAUGCGAAUACUCGAGCAUGAUUCCCGCCAAGGCUCUUCAGUCAACGCCGACUCAAUUCAACAUGGAGGACCUGCGUUUCUUUCACCAUUUUCUAUCUCAUGCUUAUCCACCGUUACCCAUCAAGGGAGAUGAUGUUUGGAAGCAGGUUGCUACUAUUUCGCACAACUUCGAUUUCUUGAUGCACGCAAUUCUUGGAUUAGCAGCUUCUCACUUGUCCCUAUGCGAUACCACAGAGUUCUCUUCUCAAGCGCUGACACAUCGUGUUCACGCCAUAAGGCUCUUCAACGAGCGGUUGAGCAAGCCAUGUGUUUCGAAAGCUGAAGCCGAUGCUCGAUACGCCACCAUAAUGGCCCUCACCUUCCAGUCCUCGUACAUGCCUGAGGCUAUGCUCGAAUUCAUGAUCAUGCUCCGUGGCUGCACGGUGGUUUCUCAUACUGUGAUACCGGUAUUGGAGGAGUCCCUCUUUUCUGGCUUCACCUCCGAGAGCCAUACCGAGAGAGUCCUUUCGCUAACACGGCACGAUCCUAUUGAUGCACUCAUCGGCGAUGUUCUAGAUGCCGCCCUCAUAUCAGUCAACAACCUAAGGCCAAUAUGCCACAGCGUAUUGGAAGUCAGAUAUCUUAGUGUUCUUGACAGGAUCUUGAGGUUGUCAAAAACGUCACCUGUCGAAGGCUUCACAGAAAUCUGCUUGGCUUACACGCUUUUUGGCGAAACAAGCGAGGUCGAGUUUAACUACUUCACUGAGCGAUCGAACUAUGCCGCCCAAAUCAUCAUGGCUCACUUCUUUGUCAUCGAGUACAUGCUUGCAGUCAUCGCACUGAAGCCGAUAAUCGACUCGUUUCCCUUUAGGAGGGUCAUUAUUGCGGCUUGGACAAAGGAGAUUUCUCAAAAGCUGCCAUCUGGCUACGAAGAGUAUAUUCGUUGGCCAUUAGAGUUUGCAGAGUUGUGUCACCGGAAACAUGGGCCCUGA